GCAGGGAUGGGUUAACAGGGAUCAGCCAUGGUGGUGACCCAUCUGGCUCUGGAGCUGCGUUUCCAGGGCAAGAAGCUGAGGGGCUUCUCAUGCAAACUGACCCGCUCGGUCCACGGCUUCCUGCCAGAGAGCUCGUGGAUCAUCGCACUCCAGGUCCUGCUGCCGUACCUGGUGUCAGGCCUGGGCAUGGUGGCAGCUGGGAUAGUCAUGGAUAUAGUGCAACACUGGGAGGUGUUUAAAGAGAUCUCCGAGGUGUUUAUCUUGGUGCCAGCCCUGGUGGGGCUGAAGGGGAAUCUGGAAAUGACAUUGGCAUCCAGACUGUCAACAGCAGCCAACACUGGGCAGAUGGAUGAGGCCCAGCAGCAGUGGAGGAUGGUGUUUUGUAAUCUGGCUCUCAUUCAGGUCCAGGCCACAGUUGUGGGCUUCCUGGCAGCGGUUGCAGCUGUGGGUCUCGGGGGUCUGACCAGGGGAAGAGUGGAUGUCACCCAGGCUGCAGUCCUGUGCGCCAGCAGCGUCACCACUGCAUUCAUCGCUGCACUGUCUCUAGGUCUGGUGAUGGUGGCAGUGAUUAUUGGAUCCAGGAAAGUGGGUAUCAACCCGGAUAAUGUGGCCACGCCCAUCGCCGCCAGCCUUGGAGACCUCAUCACUCUGUCUCUGCUUGCUGGGGUCAGCAGCUCCUUUUUCUGUUACAGAGACAUGUGGUACCUGCCUCCUGCUGUGUGUGGCUUCUUCCUGCUCCUUAUCCCAGCGUGGGUCAUUAUUGCCCGUCGCUCUCCACAGAUCAGAGAGGUCCUAAAGUCAGGCUGGCAACCUGUCAUUUUGGCCAUGUCCAUCAGCAGUAUUGGUGGUCUGAUUCUGGAUAAGACAGUGAGCAAUCCAAACUAUGAGGGUAUGGCAGUGUUUACUCCAGUCAUCAAUGGUGUAGGGGGAAAUCUGGUGGCCAUCCAGGCCAGCAGGAUGUCCACCUACCUCCACUACUGGAGCGUUCCUGGAGCUCUUCCAUCUAAAAUGAGUGGCAACUGUCCUGGACCCUGUGCCACCUUCUGCUCCUCAGAAGUGAACUCCAAAUCAGCCAGAGUCCUGGCCAUCCUUGUAGUCCCAGGUCACCUCCUCUUCCUGUACACCAUCCACCUCCUGCAGGGAGGCCAUACUGCUAUGACGUCCACGUUUAUCAUCUGCUACCUGUCUGCAGCUCUACUUCAGGUGGUGAUUUUGCUUUAUGCGGCCAGCCUGAUGGUGCGAUGGCUAUGGCGAAGGGGACUGGAUCCAGACAACUUCUCCAUCCCCUACCUCACAGCUCUGGGUGACCUGUUGGGGACUGGCUUCCUGGCUCUGAGUUUCAGACUGAUUUUGAUGGUCAGUUCUACUGGCACUGGAGUUUGACACAGACAGGUCGUGCACACCAUAAAUGUACUGUUCUUUAUAUGCAAGUGGCUGAAACAUACUGCAAAGUUCAUUUGAUUGAAGAAGGAACGUGAGGAUAAGAUCACAGGUGGUAAGCAUGGCAUUAUAUUUGUGCCUCAGUACUGUGCGUGCAAUGGGACAGAAACAUUUUGUGCAAGCAAAUUAUCAAAUUAUAGCAGCAUUAUAUUCAUAGUUCCUUUUAAAAAAGUGCCCUUCAAUGUUUUAACUGCAGAAAAAGUGCUUGUAAAACAUGUUUAAAACCCUGACUAGUGUGCAUUUCUAUAGCUAGCUGACUUAUUACUAAUCACCUCAUAGCACGCUUUUAAAAUGCUUAGUCAACUAGCUAAUUUAGGCAAAAUCUGGCAGACAAUUACAGAGGAAAUGGGCGGAAUUCAGUGCCAGAAGUUAUUAUUGUGUUCUUGCAUAGAUACUGUAAUAGCAUAUACAUUUAUUGAGCACAGUAUUUUUUUUGUGUGGUAAUAAUUUCUCCAAUAUAAUAAUUUAAAGGUCCAGUCUGUAAC